AAAACGGAGAUAGUAUUCGUCAUCGUCCUCAUCAAACUGCCUCGGGUUGAUUAAGUGGAAAACCAAACUUGGUUUGCAGAUGAAACUUUUCUUCUACUCUGGGUUUUGAAUUUGGGUGAGACAGAAUCCCUUCGUCAAUUUCGCCAAACAGUGUACCUUGGUCUGGCACCGAAUUCUCCAAUCCCUCCAUGAUUUGAAACAUAUAACUAGAAUGAACGGUGUCUGAGGACAAGAGCUUCUUCGCGAGGGACGAAUUUGAACCUAAGAAGCUCAAUUUGUUUGGUCUGGAUUUGUGUAUUGCUUUCUGUUCUUUGCUGCUCACAAAUGGCCUAGUAUGGAACCUUGAAACUUGGUCUUCAGUAUUGGAGCUUUUGAAGCCGUUCUCUCUCAGUUUCGGAUUUCCUUAGCUCUCUCUCUUGUUUCUCUCAGUUUCAGUAUUGGUCUUCUGUUCUUGGAUUUGAUCGCUCCGAUAUGUGCUGACGUGGUGGUUAACUUGCUUGUCGUGCACUCUGUUAGGUGUUGCACAUUCACUAAUAUCGGAUGAGAAAGUGGCUUACUGAGAAUUUGGCAAUUGGAUUUCCAUCAGAAGAAGUUUGAAAUUCUUCAGGUUGUUGACAAUGGGAGAUGCCUAUUAUCAGGAGCACUUGGGAGCAGUGAUUGACUAGUUGCUUCAAUAGGUCCACAUGAUUGAAGAAGGGAGGGAACCUAAUUUACUUGUUCACCAUUGGUACGUCUUGUCUUGUUAAAGAGUUGAAUAAUGUAAUGGCAUUGGCAAAGGAUGAAAAGAUGCAGCUCAUAGAGUCACGUUAAGCACAAAAAUGGGAGUAUAAUGUCUGAAGAGGCUGGAGUAAUGUUAGUGGUUUAUGAUGAUCCCUCAGACCAACGAUCUUUCUCUUUGGAUGAUACCAGCAGCAGUGAGGAAUCACUUGAUGAAACUAGGCUUUCUCUAGAGACCACAAACGAUGUGAUUCCGUAUAUUGGAAAAAGGUUUGCUACUCACGAUGCAGCUUAUGAGUACUACAGUGAAUUUGCAAAGCAAUGUGGAUUCUCAAUCCGGCGACACCGUACGGAGGGAAAAGAUGGGGUGGGCAAGGGACUUACAAGACGCUACUUUGUCUGCCACCGUGCUGGAAACACUCCGAGUAAAACCUCCAACGAAAGUAAGCCUCAAAGAAAUAGAAAAUCCUCCCGGUGUGGAUGUCAAGCAUACAUGCGGAUAAGCAAGACAACAGAAUUGGGUGCAUCAGAAUGGCGUGUCACGGGUUUUGCGAACCACCAUAAUCAUGAACUUUUGGAACCAAACCAAGUUCGUUUCCUUCCUGCAUACCGAACUAUAUCCGAGUCUGAUAAGAGCCGGAUCCUUAUGUUUGCCAAGACAGGAAUUUCAGUACAGCAAAUGAUGAGGCUCAUGGAGCUUGAGAAGUGUGUUGAACCAGGUUAUUUACCCUUUACUGAAAAGGAUGUGAGAAAUUUGCUCCAGUCAUUUAGGAAAUUAGAUCCGGAAGAGGAGAGCAUAGACUUGUUAAGAAUGUGCAGAAACAUCAAGGAGAAAGAUCCGAACUUCAAAUUUGAGUACACAAUUGACUCAAAGAACAGAUUAGAGAAUAUUGCAUGGUCAUAUGCAUCCUCAGUACAGUCAUAUGAGAUAUUUGGAGAUGCAGUAGUGUUUGAUACCACUCAUCGCUUAACUGCGUUUGACAUGCCACUUGGGAUAUGGGUUGGAAUAAAUAAUUAUGGUAUGCCUUGCUUCUUUGGCUGUGUGCUUCUACGAGAGGAAAGUGGAAGGUCAUUUUCAUGGGCAUUGAAGGCAUUCCUGGGGUUCAUGUAUGGGAAGGCACCACGGACCAUAUUAACUGAUCAAAAUUUAUUUCUGAAAGAAGCAAUAAGCGCAGAGAUGCCAGCAACUAAACACGCACUAUGCGUAUGGAUGAUAGUUGCGAAGUUUCCUUCCUGGUUCAAUGCUGUUUUGGGUGAACGUUACAAUGAGUGGAAGAGUGAGUUUUAUCGCAUUUACAAUUUGGAGUCCAUAGAGGAUUUCGAACUAGGGUGGAGGGACUUGGUAAAUUCUUUUGGGCUUCACUCAAACAGGCACAUAGUCAACUUGUAUGGCCUACGCUCACUUUGGGCUCUACCAUUCUUGAGAAGCCAUUUCUUUGCAGGAAUGGCUACAAUUGGUCAGUCGAAGUCAAUUAAUGCAUUCAUCCAACGAUUUUUGAGUGCACAAACUCGGCUGGCGCACUUCAUUGAACAAUGUGAUUUGCAUGAGCAGGUGGCUGUUGCUGUGGAUUUUAAAGAUCAAGCUGGAGAACAACAAACAAUGCAACAGAAUCUCCAAAACAUAUGCCUGAAAACAGGAGCACCGAUGGAAUCCCAUGCUGCCUCAGUUCUUACUCCUUAUGCAUUCUCUAAGCUUCAAGAACAACUUGUUUUGGCUGCUCACUAUGCAUCUUUCCAAAUGGAUGAUGGUUUUCUUGUUCGACAUCACACAAAAGGUGAUGGAGGCCGAAAAGUGUAUUGGGUUCCUCGGGAAGGCAUCAUAAGUUGCAGUUGCCAUCAUUUUGAGUUCUCAGGGACCCUUUGUCGGCAUGCACUUCGAGUUCUCUCAACGGGAAAUUGCUUUCAGAUUCCGGAUAGAUAUCUUCCUGUCCGUUGGCGUCGGAUCAGCAUACCUUCUGCAAAACUCCUUCAUAGUGUUCCAAGUGAUCAUGCAGAAAGAAUACAGCUGUUACAAAGUAUGGUCUCAACUCUGGUAACAGAAUCUUCAAAGUCUAGGGAGAGGCUAGGUAUAGCAACUGAGCAGGUCUCGAUACUCUUAUCUCAGAUAAGAGAGCAGCCUGUUUCAUUACAAAGUACGAGAGACAUUACACCGAAGAAUAGGAAUAUAUGAUGCAUGCCCUUAAAAGGCUUCGUCCGAAAUUCUCACGGAAAAUGGAAUUUGUUAGUAUUUGAAUGAAGUCAAGACUGGCAGGCAUGAAAGCUAUACUUGACAUCAGACUGUUGGGAGCUGGGACGUGGGAAGAAGUGUUGUUUGUUGGAUGUUUGUAGCUUUUAUGGUAAAUGGUGUAAUAGUUAUACUGGAGGAACGGCUACAAGUUUUGAGGAAGGAAACUGGUGAGAUGCACUGAAUAGAAAAAGUCUGUGCAAGCCUAAUGGCAAACUAAGAGGCACUAUUUAGUGAAAACAAAUGGUCGUUUGACUAGAAAAUAUUGAAUAUGAUGAACUAUAAUGCACUGCGUUGCUACCACAUAUCGGACAGAUUGAAUGCAAGUCCAAAUGUCCAAUGCCACGUUGUCGAUGAAGAGAUUUCUUUUGGUAGAAGUUGGGAUAAAAAUGGGUUAUGGCUUCAUGGAUGGAGCACUUUCUCUAUGUACCUGUCGUCAUCAUUGUGAAGAGUGUGAAUUAGCUUUUACAUGAGAAUGCUUGUCCUAGUUUUUUUUGUUUUUGUUUCCAAGAAGAGGGAGACAAUGAAAUUUUACA